AUGCGACCCCACAAUUCACACAAUGCAACGUUACAACGGGAGACAGACAAUCGAUUACAAAUCAGAUUACAAAUUGCGAUACUUUGCUAUCACUCGUAUAAAUUUAUACUCUAUUCCAUUGAUUUGCUUCAGAACAUUAUGAGUCUUAGAUGGGGAAUUCUAGGUGCUGGAAAAAUCUCCGGCCAGUUCGUUCAUGAUUUACUUGUUAGUAUCGAAGAAGGUGAGAAGACGCAUAUAAUUACCAGUGUCGGAAGCAGAGACGAGAAGAAAGGGCAUGAAUUUGUUGAGAAGCACGGAAUCACGGCAGAGGCAAACCUUGGCUACCUGCCCAAAGUCCAAGACUAUGAAGGUCUAUACACAAACCCAGAUGUGGAUGUUGUCUAUAUCGGAACACCACACAACUUUCACAGGGAACAGGUAUUGAGCGUGCUUGAGCAUGGGAAGCAUGUUGUCUGCGAGAAACCGUUUACUGUCACCAGUGACGAAGCGAGAGAAAUAUUCGAAGCCGCAAAACUGAAGAACUUACUAGUUAUGGAGGCCAUGUGGACCCGUUUCUUCCCUGCUGUUUCCAUGAUGAAGAAGCAUAUUUUUGAGGACAAAGUCUUAGGAGAUGUUUAUCGACUUGUAGCUGAUCUCUCGCUGAACUUUGAUAUCAAAAAUAUGCCCCCUUCUUCCAGAAUCCGCAACAUCAAUUUGGCAGGUGGAACUACUUUAGACAUGGGUAUUUAUCCAUUGACAUAUGCGCGUAUAUUGUUGGACCAAGGAACUGGCAAGAACGCAAUGCCCUUUGAACAUAAAGCGUUCCUCACGCUCGAUCCCACAGAUGGUGUUGACCACUUGUCCACCAUAUUAUUGAAGUACAAGGACGGCAAGCAUGCGAUACUCACGAGCUCUAAUCUUGUAGAUGGACCAUCGCCAUUCCUAAGAUUAGAGGGGUCCGAAGGAGUCUUAACCAUGUAUGCUGAUAACCCAGCCAAGGCCCGCCAUUUCAAAAUUGAAUUCAAAGAUGGAAGAGAUCCGAUUGAAUUCGAGGAGAAGAACAACUACAUUGGAUUCAUUCAUGAGGCAAAUGCAGCUUUCAAGGCUAUUCAAGAAGGAAAAACGCAAGUGUCAGAGAUUCCGUGGGAUGAGACUCUAUUAGUGAUGGAAACGAUGGACAAGGUGAGACAUGAUAAUGGUUUGUACUACCCUGGAGAAGAGAGGACGAAAAAUUGA